AUGGGCAUCUUCAGCAUCUUGUGUAUCGCGGGCCUCAUUAGCAACGUUCAGUCGGGCCACAACCAUCCACGUCCAACCUACCCAGAUGGUGCUUGUUACGGGAGGCCCAUCAACAACUGCGAGAAUAACGACUGUGACUGUGGCGCUAACGAUAAGAUCGUUGCUUACAACGGCCAGGGUAAAAUUGAGUGGGCUAUAUGUGCGAAGGACUGUCACAUAACUACCGCCGGCUGCCCGACGUAUUUCGACAUCUACAAAGAGUCUUGCGCGCCUCUGGAGCGUUGCUUCUUGUUGUGCAGUAUUGAAGCUCACUGCCCGACAGGCGCUAAUUGUCAGGAGGUUGAAAUCGGGAGUUAUUCAGGAAGAAUGUGCCUGUACCAUAUGCUCUAGGUCAUCGAGGAUUGAUCUACCGUGGUAUCCUAUACGGUAGCGGAGUGAGUUAGACGCAUAGUUUCGUUCUUAUUUUCGAUUUUUUCUUUACGUAUGUUGACACCAAGCACUGAGCAUCUAUCCUCUGUACACAUGAGGGCUCCAUGAUGAUAUUGCCAAGUGCCGAGAAGCUCAUAACGACAAGGGUAUGCCGACAACGGUCCCCCCCGUCGUACUUUAUUACGUUGUGGUGUCACAUCCAACUCAAAUUUUCCGAUAGUUAAGUUAAGCAGAUUACUCCAGAAGAGACGUGCAACUACUGAUAGUAGCUCGCUCUCAUUCGUUCGCU